UAAAGGCUCUAGAGUUCGACGUAGCCGGUCUUCGCGAGCCAAAACGAGUGGUGUAUUGGUGUAUUGGCCCGGCGGGGAGCCGUUUUGAUACAUUCUCGUCAUCAUGAAGCUGGCUCUUACCGCUGCGUGCCUUGCGGCCACGUCCCACGCCCUCCUUGCCCCACCAAGGCAGAUCUUGGCGCUGCGCCCGGCGGUGCCGGUGCCGCCGCGGGCGACCGUUCGCCUCGGCGCGGCCGACGCAGCGCCCGCGGCAAACAAACCGUCUCUGAUUGCACGGUUCAACAACUUCGGCCUCUCGCUCAAGGACCGAUCGCGGAGACAAAGGGAAGCGCUCAAGGGCGCCAAUCUAAUGAUGAAGCUGCCGCGCGGCGCGUACGUCGCGGCGCUGUCGCUCGCGUUCGUCGCGUACCGGGCCUACCGCGGCUUCUUCGUCGUGCUGCCGGCGGUUUAUGGGGAAGUCUACGCCCAGGCCCUGGCCCAGGCGACGGAGGAGCACGUCAGUAUAAGGGGCGUGGAGGUCGCCGACGACAUUGAUCCGAAGACGGGCAAGCUCCGGCUGCGGUCGCGCGUCGUCAUGAACGUCGGGGCGCUGGCCUUCAUGGGCGCGUUGAUGGUCGGCGGCGCGGUGCGGGCACCCAUUCGGAUCGCGGCGGCCUGCUUACGAAAAGUUGGGCUCCUCCCGCGUUUGGUAACAGAGGCGACGCCGGCCGACCGCCUCGCCGCGAAGGAGAAGGAGCUCGACCUGCCACCGCUGCCGGACAUCCCCGACGACGUGCCGCCGGACACCGACGACGUGUAACUUGGACAUCUUGUUU